UUGUGUGAAUGAUCAUAAUUUGGGAAGAUGUCAUCAGGGCAAAACCUCAGUGCUGGUUGCCCACCAGUGGGCAUCCAGCUGGAAGGCAUCAUUCUGCCUCCAGUCCUCACCGCUGAUGUUGUUCUGGGGCUUCUGGGAAACAUCGUGGCUCUGUGGAUCUUCUGUUUCAAACUGAAGAACUGGAACCCCAACAACCUGUUCCUCUUCAACCUGGUCAUCGCAGACUUCCUGGCAUUAGUGAGCCUCCCACUGCGGAUUGAUGCUUUGCUCAGAGGCCACUGGGUGUUUGGAGAUGUUGUAUGUAGACUCAACCUGUUUAUGAUGUUCUCCAACCGGACUGCCAGCAUCGCGCUCAUGACAGUGGUGGCCGUUUACCGCUACUUUAAGGUGGUCCACCCUCACCACCGCUUUAAUCGCAUGAGCAAGCAACAGGCCGGGUUCGUGGCGGUGCUUGUGUGGGUGCUGGUCAUCAGUCCUCGCCUUCCCAUGUUGGCUUACAACCACCUUAAGGGCAGCGGCAACAGGACACAGUGCUUCUUCUUCACCUCUUACAAAGAGGCUUCGAGUGCCAUUAUUUUCCUGGUAGGCAUGCACCGUACCCUCACUGUGGUGGAGUUUAUUCUCCCCAUGACCCUGCUGCUAUUUUGCUCCAUCCGCAUCUCCUGCUUCUUAAAGGGGAGGAAGUUGGGCAAAUCGGAGAAGGUUGCCAAAGCCAUACGAAUGUGUGCUGCAAUUGUGGCAAUUUUCCUUGUGUGCUUCCUGCCCACCACAGUGACAACCAUUGGGGUUUGGGUCAUCCGCUCGUUCCGCCCAUGGGACUGCGCAUCAUUCUACACCUUCACCCAGCUCACAAUAGUUUCUUUGGGUCUAAACUUCAUGAACUCAGCUCUGGACCCAAUCGUCUACAUCUUUUCCAGCUCGAUGUUCAGGAAGGCACUGCUGGGGGCGCUGUCCCCCAUCCUGGUCUGCAGGAAGGAUAGAAGUGGAAGCUCAGAGUCUUCUUCUGGAACUCAGUCAACAAGUCAACAUGAGCUGAAAUCUCUGACGGAGAGCAGAGCCAGCAAGGCCAUUUAAGAGGAUAUGGACGGAUGCAGAUGGGGCUGGCGUGCUGUUCAGUUUUCAUCUUAAUUUUGGGUUCUACCUUGGGUUCUUAACUUUUUUGUGCCUUCUCUGGCUGCUGCUUCCCAGGAUCCUCUGUAGGUCAUAUCCUCUGAUUCUGAAAUGUCAGUGGGUCCUUUCAGCUUCAAUCAACUCAUGUGUGCCCACAGCACUGAAGACAGCAACUUUAGAUAUCCCCUAUUAAACAGUUUAUUUUCCUGUC